AUGCUUUGUAGAGCCUUUUUUCUCUGACUUUUCGGAAUAAACGAAUUUAAAUUAAUUAAUGAAUUUAUGCAUCCACAUACAUCACCCCAGCCUACUUUUAUUAGCCAAAUGCAAGACUUAAAGACCCAUCGAAAGUUUUCUGAACAAACGAGGACCCUCGAAUACGAAACUUACUGUCGAGAGUACUCGACAGACGCAGGAAAAGAAGUUGGGGGACAACUUUUGCAAAAAUGCCGAGCACCUCAGCACAAUGGCUAGCGAAAUUGCCGGCUGACCGCCCAUAAAUGCAUAGAAAUCCAGUGCAGAAAUUAGAGGAAAUCCACAAAUCGAAGCAAAGUUUUUCCACUUUUCCGCUCCGCCCUGCUGCCGCUUUAUUGUUCGCAAAUUUCCCUGGGGCCUUAUAAACUCCGAGCACCAUGCACCACCACUAGUAUUUCGGUAGUGCAAACAUUUGCGCUGCUGAUUACUUUUAAUGCUUUUCAUCGAGUGGUGUGUAUGUGUGUGUGUGUGUGGUCCUGGGGAAAAGCGGAAAAUCAGCUAGAGGCCUGGCCACAUCAAUCAGUUCGAAGAAAACGUACAAAAAAAUUGACCUAAAUUCUGAGCAAACCGAAAUCGUGUUAGCCAUACCCCAAAACAAAAUUCUGAAUUCCAUCAUUCGCGCUUUUCCUCUGUCCAUAAAAGUUGUGAAGAAACAAAAAUGUCGCGCUUUUGGCCGCCGAUUUUCCACUGCGCCCGCUUCAACUUAUGCUUUGUGUCUCAGUUUCUGAAUGACAAUUACGAAAAAGUCAAGGGUUCCUUUUGGCCGAACACCCUGGUUCUCAGCGCCUUGUCGAAGAGGGAUUUCAAGAAACCAAAGUCUAACAAAAAACAUAGCGCCCACCGGGCCUCGUUUCGCGAGAACACUAUCUUGGCGUACGAGAAUCGGCUGCGACGCCACUCGGACCCCAUGAAGGUGUUCCGGUACUUUGCCACCAUUAAAAUGAAGAACAAGGCCGGCAGGUGGGAUUUGUUCAUGACCCCCCAGGACUUUUUGCGAUCGAUCCUGCCGGGAUUGAGGCAACCGGAGCAUUUGACAUUGGCCCGUUACCGUCUGCUGGACGAGGAGGCGGCCGAAAAGUGGCGGGCUGGCGCCCAGAAGGACAGCAUUUUCCUCAAGCUCGACGACACAGGUCUGCUAGACUUCAGCGACUACGUGCUCCUGACCAUACUAUUGUCCAUUCCGGAGCGUCAUGUUUGGAUUCUCUUGCAACUGUUCGAUCAUGACGAGGACGGCACUGUGAGCAUGGAGGAUCUGGAGCAUAUAAUACGGGUCAUCAGCAUGGGUCAGGCCUCCAUGGUGAACUCGCAUCUGAAGCGCGCCCUGUUCGGACCGCGACUGAAGAAAAAGCUGAGUAUCAAUGAGUUUCUGGAGUUCCUGCAGGGGCUGAACAAAGAGAUUCUUGUUCAGGAGUACGAGAUGCUGCGGAAGGACUCCAGUUCCGUGAUCACAGAACUGGACUUUGCCAAGGUGGUGCUGGCCUACACCAAGUCUUUUAGAGCGCGCGGCGAGGCGCUGGAGCGAGUCAAGGAGAAGUUCGGCCAGCAAAAGAUCGGGAUCAGCCUGGAUGAAUUCAUGUCCUUUUCCCGGCUGGUGCAGGACGUCGAAACUGUAGACAUGGCGCUAGCCUUCCACUUUCUAGCCGGCGCAGAUAUCAGCCCCCAAACGCUGGAGCACAUCGCCCAGCUGGUCGCUGGUGUGAAGCUGUCGCCGCACCUCAUGUCUGUGAUCUACACCAUCUUCGACAACGACGGCGAUGGAAUUAUCCGGCGGGAGGAAUUUAUCAAGACACUUCGCGAUAGGUUGCGUCGCCUGCAGCAUAAAAAGAAGCUAAGGCUCACAUCCGGGAUAUGCAUUCUGGGUAAAUGCUGCUGGAAAACCCUGCCAUUUUGGAGGAGUAGGAGUUUAGGAGUUUAGCUGCUGAACCGCAGCAUGGAGUGCAAGGCUCUGGUUUUAUGUGCUUCUUGUGAUGUCCUUUACCCAACUCCUUUGCGGGUAAACGCUUUUAGUCAGUUGACAAUCUUACACGGAGGAAAAAAAUAUACUAUGUGCACGCUA